AUGAGUUGGAACGGCACGAUGAUGUGCGAUGUGAUGCCAACUAUUUCUGAAGACAGCGAUGAUGCUCCGCAGGGAUCUGGCACUGAAUCAUGUGAUUUGUCGGGCGCGGCUGGUGAACAGAAUCGUAUAGAACAGCUGAUGGUGAAUAUGCUUGAUGAACGCGACAAAUUACUUGAACAGUUGCAGGAUGCUCAGCGGCGUAUCGAAGACUUGCAACAGCAUGUAAAAGAUACCGAACGUGACAAGGAAAGUCUCCGUAGACAGUUCGACUUGCAAACUCAGCAUUUGCCUGGAGAAUUGCAGUCACUAACCAAAGAACUAGCUCAGUUACGUGAACAGUUAUUAGAAAAAGAUGAAGAAAUUGUAGAGCUGAAAGCAGAACGAAACAAUACGAGAUUACUGUUGGAGCAUUUAGAGUGCUUGGUCUCGCGGCAUGAGCGGUCUUUGCGAAUGACGGUAAUGAAACGACAGGCUCAAAGUCCAGCAGCUGGUGUGAGUAGUGAAGUAGAAGUUUUGAAAGCACUUAAAUCAUUGUUUGAGCAUCACAAAGCAUUGGAUGAAAAAGUCCGUGAACGUUUGCGUGUUGCAAUGGAGCGUGUUGCAACACUGGAAGAUGAAUUGUCGAUAAAAGGAGAUGAAAAUUCGUCGCUAAAAGCGAAAUUAGCGAAGGUAGUAGCUGAAGUUGAAGAAGCACAUCAGCAGCUAAACGCAUCUCAAAAUGGUAUAACAGCAGAAAAACAGCAGCAACAGCAAUUUGGAACAGUUGAAUCUGCAGGAGCUUUGGUUGAAUUACAAGAAGUAUGCCAGCGGUUGAAACAAGAAUUAGCGAGCAGUAUGCAGCAAUGUCAAGAACUAAAUAAUCGGAACACAGAAUUAGAAGUUCAACUUACUGCAACACAAAAAGAAGGUCGAAUGGAGCAGGAGCAAGUCAAUAAGUUGCAGGAUCAUCUUCAAGAGUUGGAAGCGCAACGUGAAGAUCAGGAGGCGCGGAUUUCAACUCUGGAAAGUCGUUACAUGGGUGCACAGCGGGAAGCCACAUGUUUACGUGAUUUGAAUGAUAAACUGGAACAUCGGCUUGCUAAUAAAGAUGCUGCGGUUAGAUUGAACGAAGAGAAAGUACGUAGUUUGCAAGAACGCCUUGAAUUGGCAGAAAAACAGUUAGCUCAAAGUUUGAAAAAGGCAGAAUCCUUACCAAGCGUAGAAGCAGAAUUGCAGCAACGUAUGGAAGCUCUUACUGCUGCAGAACAGAAGCAGCUCAGUGCUGAGGAGCAGAUGAAUCGGUUGGCUCGACAAGUUGAGGAACGCAGUGCAGAACUGGAGCGUGCUGUGCAAAGAGAGAAAAUGAAUGAAGAACAUAACCAGCGUUUAUCAUCUACAGUUGACAAAUUGUUGAGUGAAUCGAACGACAGGUUACAGUUACACCUAAAGGAGCGUAUGCAGGCCCUUGAUGAAAAGAAUCGUUUAACUCAACAGUUGGAACAAACAAAGAAAAUUUAUGACCAAUGUGAGCGGACAAAAGAACGUCUGCAAUGUGAUAAUGAAAGUUUGCGGCAAGAAAUUGAAGCAUUACGUAAUCAACUUUAUAACGCUCGUACUGCUCAGUAUCAUUUCAGAUUGCAUAGUUCACCAAUGAUUUUGCCUGUAGCAGCGCCACCUGUGCCUGUACAAUCUCCUUCAGGACCUGGAGGACCGCCACCACCUCCUGUUGUGGCUGUUACAGCAUCCACUGGUACUUCAGUUUAUGGUGGAAUGCGUCGUGUACAAAAGGGUAGAAUGCAAGCAUUACAAGAAGAUCCAAGCAAAGUACAAACACUGAAUGAGCAAGAAUGGGAUCGACUGCAGCAAGCACAUGUGCUUGCUAAUGUGCAGCACGCUUUUUCAUCAUCAUCAUCAAUGAUGGAUAUGACUGGAGGUGGUGGAUCAACUGCUUGUCCACCAGUCCCAAACACUGCAACAAUGUCAGGUGCUGCAGAUCCACAUACGCUUGCUAAUAUGUUGCAGGAAAGAUUGAAUGCUAUAAAUUCAGAAAUUCGAUUAAUAGAACAAGAGAAAACGCACGCCGAACGUAUCGCAGAACAGUUAGAAAAUCGAGCUACAGCAGUGGCUGCUGCAGCUGCUGCAGCAAACGAAGAAUCACAAGCAUUAUCAACACAUUCUACACCACGCAACUCACCACAGCACGAUUUUUUGAUUACCAAAUACAAUACGCUUCCCGCUAAUGCAUCAACAUCACACAUUCAUGGCAGUAGCAGCGCUGGACCGGUGGAUUCUUCGUACGGUCAUCAGUUUGGUGCAGUGGAUGAAAUGCCUAACGGUAUUGCAACUUUUGAUUAUGGAUUGCGCAGCAGGAGAUAUCCAAGUUCUGCGGAUCAAAUGCAGCAUUCCUACACAGGUUCUCUUCUCGAUGAUGAGUACAAUCCGAAUUUAGGCCCAGUUCCUCCAGGAAUAUUGAUGGAUCGGUUGUCACCUACAUCAUCCAUUACUUCUUCACAACAUGACCACUCACCCGUUUAUGGGACACCGAGCACUGCAAAAGGAGCGAAGAAGCAACGCUCAACCUCUUCGACUGCAGCAAAAACUCUGGGGCGAUUAUUUAAUAAAAAAGCAAAAAGUAGCAGCUGUGGUAGCAAUUUACGUCAGUUGGCACAAUACGAGCAAGGAUAUUCGGAUAGUGAAAUGUCAUCAGUAGAAGGCAUUACUGUCACUACGAGUGCAGCGACAUCGUCUUCCCUAUUAACGGGUAAAUCAGCGAACGGUGGAGUGGCACUUGGUGCUGCUACAGCUGCUGAUUUUGAUAGAAGAAAAAAGAAAAAGUACGAAUUGCUGGAGGAGGCGAUGAAAGCGCGUACUCCUUUUGCUCUGUGGAAUGGACCAACGGUAGUAGCCUGGUUGGAAUUAUGGGUUGGCAUGCCUGCUUGGUAUGUAGCGGCAUGUCGUGCGAACGUGAAAAGUGGUGCAAUCAUGAGUGCAUUGUCAGAUCAAGAAAUACAGCGUGAAAUAGGCAUCUCAAAUCCAUUGCAUAGGCUGAAAUUACGAUUAGCUAUACAGGAAAUGGUUUCGUUGACUUCUCCGUCGGCACCGCGUACAACACGCGCAACGCUGGCAUUUGGUGAAAUGAAUCACGAAUGGGUUGGUAAUGAAUGGCUGCCCUCAUUAGGUCUGGCGCAAUAUCGGCCAGCAUUUAUGGAGUGUUUAUUGGAUGCUCGGAUGCUGGAGCAUCUGUCCAAACGUGACCUUAGAACGCAUCUCAAAAUGCUCGAUAGUUUUCACCGUGCCAGUUUGCAGUAUGGUAUAAUUUGUUUGAAGAAGCUGAAUUAUGAUAAGAAAGCGUUAAUAGAAAGGCGAAAAGCUUGUGAGAAUAUUAGUAAAGAUGUACUGGUAUGGAGUAAUGAUCGAGUGGCACGUUGGGUUGAGGAAAUCGGUCUUGGGGCAUAUGCGACUCAGUUGAAAGAUAGUGGCGUGCAUGGUGCCCUUAUCGCACUGGAUCAUACAUUCGAUGCUCAGAGCCUGGCGUUGUCCCUGCAAAUACCACCACAGGAUUUUUCUGCUCGCCAAUUGUUGGAACAUUCAUUUGAACAGUUAGUAGCUGGCGAUUGUCGUAGUACGACAGCAUUUGGAACUAGUGGUGUAGUUUGUUGUUCUACUGCAACAGUUGCAUCGGGAAAUGCAGCGUCAACAACCAUACCAAAAGGGGCAGGAAAUUAUUCAUCAGUACCCCCGCCAUCACCUCCCAUUUAA